AUGUCGGAACUAGAGAGUAGACUUAGCACUUUAGAAACCAAAUGCGCCCAAGUAAUGCCUGAAAAUGUCAACACAUUUGAGGAAAAUAUAAGUCAUUUGAAGGCACAGCUCAUUGACAGGGACCAGGAGCUACUACUAAACGAUAUAGAUCUUUCUGGAUUACCGGAACAGAACGGAGAAAAUCUCUCAAAUAUAGUUAUGGCGCUAUCUACAAAGUUAGGGAUAACAUACGAGGAGAGAGAUAUUGUACGUGUGGAACGAGUCGGUUCAGUACGUCGCAAUAGAGUGGAGAGGAGUGCUAAUGACGAUCUCAAUACACUGCCACCUCGCACUAUUGUCGUGCGAUUCGUGCGCCGAUUGACACGAGAUUAG